AUGGUCAUUAGCCAUGGUCAUCAGCCAUGGUCAUCAGCCAUGGUCAUCAGCCAUGGUCAUCAGCCAUGGUCAUCAGCCAUGGUCAUUAGCCAUGGUCAUCAGCCAUGGUCAUCAGCCAUGGUCAUUAGCCAUGGUCAUCAGCCAUGGUCAUCAGCCAUGGUCAUCAGCCAUGGUCAUCAGCCAUGGUCAUCGGCCAUGGUCAUCGGCCAUGGUCAUCGGCCAUGGUCAUCGGCCAUGGUCAUCAGCCAUGGUCAUCAGCCAUGGUCAUCAGCCAUGGUCAUCGGCCAUGGUCAUCGGCCAUGGUCAUCGGCCAUGGUCAUCGGCCAUGGUCAUCGGCCAUGGUCAUCAGCGUCAGCUCGCUUGACAACUAUUGGUUAG